GUGGCCGUUGGGCCGCCAAGUAGUUUUCGGGAUCAAGUCCGGUAGCCGGGGCCGCAGCACCCCGCUUAGAGUCAGCACUGACGGCAACUCCUUCCCGAGGACGAAAUGCCUCUCGCCGGCAGCCCCAACAGCAGCCGCCCGCGCAGCAGUCGCGCCUGGUCCAAGUCAGCCCCGAAGUCACACGUGGCUUAACGAUGGGGCGGGGCGGGCCGAGCGGGUCCUCGGUUUGCAUUGCCCGGACAUCCGCUUCCGGGAUUCGGCUCGCUGUGCACCAGGGCCGCGCCACUGGGUCCCAACCCCAGGACCUCCUGCUGUCUUCUCCGCCUGGCCCUUCUUCCUUGGUCAGCUCCAGCCGCGACCCGUCAGGGUCCCCGAAGCGCAGCACCUCAGUGUCCCUGCAGCGCCGCGGGCCCCCAAAGGCAAUCAUAUUGGACGGACUGAGUUCCCUGCCCACGCAGAUGGAUUAUAAGGGUCAGAAGUUAGCUGAACAGAUGUUUCAGGGAAUAAUUCUUUUUUCUGCAGUAAUUGGCUUUAUCUAUGGAUAUGUGGCUGAACAGUUUGGUUGGACAGUCUAUAUUGUUAUGGCCGGAUUUGCUUUUUCAUGCUUGGUAAGAAACACCUCCUUGGAUCCCAAGCAUCUUAUACCAGUUGUUAAUUUACUUUUUUUGAAUUUUGUAGCACUGAUGGAAGAGUGUGAGAUGAAAUUUGGUAUUAUUGGUCACCUUCAGUCAAGUAUCUCCAUUUAUUGUCAUAUGUUUUAAUUCCCACUUGUUACAUAAAUACUGUGCUGUGCUUCAGAAUAAGUGGCAAAGCAGACUUGGCUCCAUCCUAGAUAAGGGUCUUUAAAUUAUGGGCUGGAAAAGAUUUCUUGUGCUCUCCCUACUUCUUUUUCCAUUCCAUCCCUAGCCUUGCACAGGCUGUCCCUUAUAACUAGAAUUUACUCCUGCCUCACCUAGUUUCCUUUAAUGCCAUCUUUUACAUGAGGCCUUUGCAGAUGUUUGUUUCUCCCCCACAGAAUUACCUUGCUUAUCUAUGUACAUGUUUCCUCUGGACAGAUUCUGUACUCCUUGAAGGCAGUGGCUAUUUUUGCCUUUGUACCCUAAUGCUCAGCCUGGUGCCUGGGAUGUAAUAGGUUCACAAAAUGCUCAUCAAUUGAUCCAGUAUUUAUGUACUUUUUUUUUUUGGUGAAAGGAUAGCAGUUGUAAACUUUACAUAGAAAAAAGACUAAUAAGAAGGCUGAUUGGUUAUGCUGAUGUGUACAGUAAGGAAGGUGAAAUGAUGUAUAAGAAUUAAAAAGGUAGGUUAGAACCAGGUGGUUAAAGCAGAAAGUUAGAUUCUAGAGGGCAUAGGGAACCACCAAGUUCUUAAGUAAGGCAAUAGUGAUUUCAUGUUUUAGGAAUAUUGUUUUGCCAUUUGUUUGGAGGCUGAAUUAGAAUAGGGGAGAUGAGGUGAGGAGAUCAAUUAAAUAGCUAUUGCAAAAGGCCAACAGUUAUGAGGACCUUAACUAGGAUGGAAGCUCUGUGAAAAGAAAGAAUAGGAGAGAUGUGAAUUAUUAUGAAGGCAGAAAUGACAAGGUUUGAUAACUGAUAGAUUUUUGAGGAGUGUGAGAGGAGUUAAGGAUGUCAUCAAGGUUGCAAACCUAUAUUAUGAGCAUAUUGGUGUCUUCAACAGAGGCAGGGAAGUUGAGAAAAAGGAGUUAGUUUUGGGAGAAAGAGUAAUGGGUUUUACUUUGGACAUCCUAACUUUAGGAUAUUCACAGGCCAUUGUUUAGUCCAGUAAGCAGUUGGUGGUAUAAAGAUGUAGACUAAGAUUGAAGCUAUGGUUUAUAGCUACAUACAGAUCUGGGAGUCAUCUGCAUAGAGAUAAUAUUUAAAAUUUGGGAAGAAGUCAGUGAGAGAAUAGAGAUUCAAGAAGGCCUUGUAUAUAGCCAUGAGAUUUUCCCACAGUUAGGGUUAGGAUAAGAAUGAUAAGGUAAAGAAGACUGAGGAAUGGUUAGAUAGGAGAACCAAGAGAAAACAGUGCCUUGAAAGCUCAGAGAAGAAGUAUCCAAGAUGAUAAAGUGGUCACCAGUGUCAAUUAGUCCAGAGACCUUAAAAGUAAUGAGGAUUAGAAGCAGCUAUCAUAUUUGGCAAUUAAGAGAUCAUUGGCAACCUGGGGAAGAGUACUUUUAGUUGUGAUGAAAUUAGAAGCCAUAUUGCAAGUUGUUGGAAGAAAGUAUGGAGGAUAUGGGUAUAAACAGCUUUUUCUAGGAAUUUAUGAAAGGAAGGAAAAAUAUUUAGGACAAUAGCUUUGAGGGUAUGAUGUGGUUUAAUGAGAUUUGUUUUUUAAGCACAGAGAAACCUGGUUUGGAGGCAUCAGGGAAGGUACCAGUAGAGAAGAGAUUAAAAAUUUGUGAAGAUAGUGACUGUGUAGGGGCAAUCAAAAAAGACAGGAGGGAAUAGAAUCAAACAUAUAAGUUAAAGAAAAUGGAAGCUAUAUGGGGGAGAAAGAACUCAUAGUAAGUGCCUUCUAUUUUCUCUUAAAAAAAUAUAAGGCAAUGUUCUGCUAAGAAGCUGGGGAUAGGAAGUGGUAUAGGAGGUUCAGGAGAGAAGAAUUUGGAACAGCCCCUGGUGACAAAGAAUAAUAAUGGAGAAUCAUUUACUUUGAUCAUGGCCAAGAAAGGCAUUAAAGCAACUUUCUUCUUAUACUUUAUUUAAUGAGAUCUAUAUUGCUAUGUCUAAUACAGAAACUUGAAACCAGUAAUAAGUUAGUAAAACAAUUCUGUAGACCAGUAAUUCAUGUUGUUUGGACAUAUGACUAUUAUAUAUGGAAUAAAUUUUCUCCCUCCCUUCAUCAAGCUGACACUUCCUCCGUGGCCCAUAUAUCGCCGGCACCCCCUCAAAUGGCUCCCUGUUCAAGACUCAGGAUCAGAAGACAAGAAACCAGGAGAGAAAAAGAUAAAAAGGCAUUCUAAAAAUAAUUGAAAUAUGCCAUAUGGUCAACCUUAUAACAGCCAUUCAGUUUUGUGAACUAUCUCUUGAUUUGUCAUAUCCACAAAAAAAUAAAACUACCUACAUUAUUGUUGCUGA